AUGAAGAUUCUUUUUCUCAGCAUUGCUCUAUGCCUAUUCUCCAUUCUACAAGCUAAGGAGUCACAAUCUUCUGAAGAAGUACUUGAGGGCUUAUUCCACAUAAAGGCUGUUGUGGGAGACAAGGAAUUAACUAAGGAGAAGAGGUCUAAAGUUGUGCCAUCGAUUAUAAUCCAGCAACUUGAUGAUGGUAAUGUGGAGAUCAGUGUUAUGAUGAGGAAGAAUGGCAAGUGCCAAACCAGUAAAACGAAACUUGAGAAAACAGUUAAACUCAACAAAUUCACUAUGAAUGAGGGCAAACUCCAGGUGUAUAUAACCAAGAUGGCUAUGAAAGAUAACUGGAUUAUCCUUUAUGAGGGUGAGCUCCAUGGUGAGCAAAUCAGAGUGGCCAAACUUCUGUCUCCAUACAUGCAUGCAAACCAGAAAGCUAUUAAGGAGUUUAAACUAUUCAGCAAGAAGGAAGGAUUUGAUGAAAGAAAAAUCAUCUUUCUUUCUGCAGAGGAUUGCCUCAUUGACUACAUUUCAGGAGAAGAAAAUUUCGUUCCACCUCAGUACGAAUGA